UUAGAUCAACUGGUCCAACUACUUCAUUGUAUAGAUGAAGAAACUGAAAACCAAAGAUGUGAAAUGGUUUGCACAGUCUUAUACAACUUAUAAUGGCAAAGCUGAGUGGAGGAUGCAGGUCUCCUGGAUCUUUGGCCCCAGGGUUUUGACACUGAAAAAGAACAUGGCUAAGAUUAAAGAGUGGCACAUCAAGGAGGAGGGAUUAACUGCUAAACUCAUCACAGCCAGUGGUAGGAGCUGCCCCCUGUCCACCCACCUGCAAUGGAUGGCCCUACAGAACUACUCCAGCUUGUUGAUCAAGAAGAACAAGCAGACCUAUAGCACCAAACCCAAUAAUCUGAAGGCCCACAACUUUUUUCAGUACAACAGGCUGAUUCACUGCAAAACAGUUGUGGAGCCAGUGGCCCAAGGGAGAGGUGUGGUAUUCAUCAUGGAGCAGAAAUCUGGCCAGCAAAAGCCAGUGGCCUCCUAUGUGCAGACCACCAUCAACAAGAAUGCCCACCCUGGGCAGCAUCUGGCACAUGAUCUGUAGCAGCCAGGAUAGCUGGGAUCUGGGUAUGGCUGCCAACAUAGGACCAGGCCAUCUCUCGCAGCCAGAAGCCCACGAUGGUGACAAGGAAGGGAGCCCGUGCCCACUAAGAGCUCCUCAGCACCUUUCUCCCCGCAAAACAAUAAAGGUAUCAGCCAACUU